AGCUGAGUGGAGAAGAAGAAGACGCUCUCAGAUCAGUCAGUGGCUUCAUGGAGUUAUGUACCUCUGAUCCGCCGCCAUGGAUUGCAAUCCGCGAUCACUUCUUUUCGUUUUAUUUCUUUUAUUGUCCUGCGUUUCCCCUUCAUACCCCAUCAUCUACCCUCCUAACGAAGUCAACCUCUUAGACUCUAAAGCCAGCCAAGGGGAGUUAGGAUGGAUUUCCUACCCGUCGCACGGGUGGAGGGAAAAUUGGGAGGAGAUCAGUGGGGUGGAUGAACACUACACCCCCAUCAGGACCUUCCAGGUUUGCAACGUAAUGGAGUAUAGCCAGAACAACUGGCUUCGUACCAACUGGAUCCCUCGCCAGUCGGCCCAGAAGAUCUACGUGGAGUUGAAGUUUACGCUGAGGGACUGCAACUCCAUCCCCCUGGUCCUGGGUACCUGCAAGGAGACCUUCAACCUCCUCUACCUGGAGACGGACGACGACCAGGGAAGCCACUUCAGAGAGCACAUGUUCAUUAAAAUCGACACCAUCGCUGCCGACGAGAGUUUCACCCAAAUGGACCUCGGAGAUCGUAUCCUCAAGCUUAAUACCGAGGUGCGGGAGGUGGGUCCCAUGAUCAAGAAGGGCUUCUACCUGGCGUUCCAGGACGUGGGCGCCUGCGUAGCAUUAGUUUCAGUGAGGGUUUACUUUAAGAAGUGCCCGUACACUGUGAGGAAUCUGGCCUCCUUCCCCGAUACGGUGCCCAUGGACUCCCAGUCGCUGGUGGAGGUCAAAGGCUCCUGCGUCAACCACUCCAAAGAAGAAGAACCUCCACGAAUGUACUGCAGCACAGAGGGGGAGUGGCUGGUGCCCAUAGGGAAGUGUCUAUGUAACCCGGGGUACGAAGAGAGGAGCAACACCUGCCAAAUGUGCAGGGCAGGCUUCUACAAAUCAACACUGGGAAACAUGGAGUGUUCCAAGUGUCCACCUCAUAGUUUCUCCCACCACGAAGGGUCCUUGCACUGUGGCUGCGAGAAGAACUACUUUCGCGCUGAUGGAGACCCCGCCUCCAUGGCCUGUACACGUCCUCCUUCAGCUCCCCGAAACGUGAUCUCCUCUAUCAAUGAGACCUCAGUUAUUCUGGAGUGGAGCUGGCCAGAGGACACCGGCGGGCGAAGGGACAUCACCUUCACCGUCCUCUGCAAACGUUGCCGCAGCGUAGGUGGAAGCGGAAGCGGAAGUAACGGCGGCGCCCUACGCUGCGAGCCCUGCAGGAGCAACGUACGCUUCCUGCCCAGAGCCGUCGGCCUCCACAACACCACGGUGACGGUGGGAGACCUGUUGGCCCACACCAACUACACAUUUGAGAUUGAAGCUCAAAACGGUGUAUCAUCACUAGCACCUAAGAUGAGGCAGUACGCUGCAGUUACCAUCACCACCAACCAAGCAGCUCCCUCUCCAGUAACAGUGAUCAGAAAGGAGAAGACAUCCCGAAACAGCGUCUCCUUGUCCUGGCUGGAGCCGGAGAGGCCCAACGGCAUCAUCCUCGACUAUGAGAUCAAAUACUACGAAAAGGAGGAGCAGGAGACCAGUUACACUAUCCUUCGCGCUCGAGGUUGCAAUGUGACUCUGAAUGGACUGAAGCCGGACACUGCCUACCUGCUGCAGAUCAGAGCUCGCACAGCUGCAGGAUAUGGAGCCAGCAGCCCCAGUUUUCAGUUCGAGACCAGCCCCGACUCUGCUUUCUCUAUUUCCGGCGAGAACAGCCAAGUUGUUCUGAUCGCCAUUUCCUCAGCCGUGGCCAUCAUCCUGCUCACGGUGCUGCUCUACGUCCUGAUUGGCAGGUUUUGUUGCCACAGCAAAUCCAAACAUCCUGAUGAGAAAAGGCUGCACUUUGGCAAUGGUCACUUGCGUCUACCUGGUAUCAGGACCUACGUAGACCCACACACAUAUGAGGAUCCCAGUCAGGCUGUCCAUGAGUUUGCAAAGGAGCUGGAUGCCUCAUGUAUCGCCAUUGAUAAAGUUGUGGGGGCAGGAGAGUUUGGCGAAGUGUGCAGCGGUCGCCUGAAGCUGCCCAGUAAAAAAGAGAUCUGUGUGGCCAUCAAGACCCUGAAAGGCGGAUACACAGACAAACAGAGGCGGGACUUCCUCGCCGAAGCAUCAAUUAUGGGACAGUUCGACCACCCCAACAUCAUCAGGCUGGAGGGAGUGGUAACACGCAGUAAACCUGUCAUGAUCGUCACUGAAUACAUGGAGAAUGGAUCCCUGGAUAGUUUCUUAAGGAAGCACGAUGCCCAGUUUACAGGUAUCCAGUUGGUUGGCAUGCUGCGGGGCAUCGCCUCGGGCAUGAAGUAUCUGUCAGACAUGGGCUACGUUCACCGAGACCUGGCAGCACGAAACAUCCUGGUCAACAGCAACCUGGUGUGUAAAGUUUCAGACUUCGGCCUGUCCCGAGUCCUGGAGGAUGACCCGGAGGCUGCUUACACCACCAGGGGAGGUAAGAUCCCCAUUCGGUGGACAGCUCCAGAGGCCAUCGCCUAUAGGAAGUUUACAUCCGCCAGUGACGCGUGGAGUUACGGCAUCGUUCUCUGGGAAGUGAUGUCAUACGGAGAGCGGCCGUACUGGGAGAUGUCCAAUCAGGAUGUAAUAAAAGCUGUAGAUGAGGGGUACCGCCUCCCCCCGCCCAUGGACUGCCCUGCUACCCUCUACCAGCUGAUGUUGGACUGCUGGCAGAAGGAGAGGAACAACCGGCCUAAGUUUGAACAGAUAGUCAGUAUCCUGGAUAAACUCAUCCGCAACCCCGGUACCCUCAAAAUCACAGCCAACACCACAUCCAGGCCCGCCAACUUGUUGUUGGACAGAAGUAGUUCUGAGGUUCCCUCAAUGGGGACUAUGGGUGACUGGAUGGAUGGAAUGAGGACCUUACCAUGCAAGGAGGCCUUCUCCGGGGUCAGCUACAGCUCCUGUGACACCUUGGCCAAGACUUCCACAGAUAGAGUGGUACUGACGGAGGUCCACGUCACACCAGCCUCUUGCCCAGAAUGGGAGCCAUCCAUGGGGAUCACCACCCUCUAACAGCCGGCUCCCCACCGCCUCCUCAGACUCCGGAUGGGAUUUGAAAAAGGUUGGAGUGACUAUCGUAGGACCGCAGAAGAAGAUCGUGAGCAGCCUCAAAGCCCUAGAUUCCCACACCAAGAACGGCCCAGUACCUGUUUAACAAAAAAAAA